GGGCGCACCUCUCUAUUGAUUUUUUUCCUAUAAAUACUAGAUGUCCCAGAUAGGGAGGGAAGGAAGUUCCUCAUCCUAUAUUGCAUUCACCACUGCCUUGAAUCUCAUCUCAUCGCACUUCAUCUCAUUCGAAUCCCUUCAAUCACUUCUAGCUCGACGCAUAACAUACAUAGCAGAUACAAUACACACAAACACACACACGCUCUCAUCCUCAUAUAGAGUGAAAAUGGCCAAUCUUAGAAAACAACAAUACUACUUCCUCUUCUUCGUCACCAUCUACAUGCUAACGGGCGUUGGGGCACUGGUCUUGGCCAAGGUCUGGCUUUCACAAUCUAGUGUUGGUGCACCUAGAGAAGCAGUGAUCUCGCGAAGCAUCGAAGAAGCUGGUGCAGUCAUCGGUGGUAUCGUCGCUGGCACGGCUCUGAUCGGCUAUGUCGGCGGUAUCGCUCCCAUCAAGCGCAAGGACUUCCUGAUUGCAUAUGUCGUGCUCCUGAUCACGGUCAUUUUUGUAGAACUAGGAUUGGGAGGCGUCAUCUGGUUCAAGACCCUGCGCAUGCGUAGUCUGUUCCAGACUCAAUGGUUGACCUGGUCCGACUCGCUCAAGAUUGCUUUCCAGGACAUGUCAACUUUGACGGGCUAUGGUCAAUGCUGUGGCUAUCUCGAUAACCAAAACGUGGUUCUUUCGGGUCAAUGUGCGACCGUGCCAUCGGGGUUCGACGGAUGCCAAGAAAAGGUGUCGACUUUUGCAGACUUGUACCUCAGGAAGUUGUUCACCUCGCUCUUUGGCUUCACCAUCGUGAACGUCUUUGUCUUUGUCAGCGCCGUGAUCCUCAUCCAGACCAGGAACGACGAAGAGCGAUAUAUCCGGAUCGGAAAGAAGGAGGGCAGGACCUACUCCAACGCUAUUUAAAAUCCAUAACUUAUCUGCACACGCCGUACUCGUACACAUCCAUAUACACAGCUCCCAAGCAUUCGUCUUUUUUUUUUUUUUUUUAACUACAGCAUAGCUCCGUUUCUUUUAUUGUAACUGUACAUAUACCACACGACUCUCAUAAUAUAAACAGAAUUCUCGUUCGCCCACA